CUGCAAUUGAUUGGGUUGACUCAUUGCGCAUCUUAAAUACCCUCAAUUGCUUCGUUUGCUUUCGUUCAAACUUUUUCAGCUUAUCAUUCAUUUUCUUCUUGAUCGUUGACCUCUCCCCAUUCCGAGUGUUUCUAUUCCUCGACCUUUGUCUCCCUCUCUCUUUUCUCUCCAUUCCCCCACUGCGGAUCUCACCCGCUAACCGCUACCAUGCCGAUGCUCAAAGAUCCCUCGAAAAAGUACAAACGGUUUAAGCCACUGCAUCUCCCUGAUCGCCAAUGGCCUAACAACGUCAUCGAAAAGGCCCCCCGGUGGCUGGCCACCGAUCUAAGAGAUGGCAACCAGAGCUUGCCUGAUCCAAUGGACGGUGAACAAAAAUUCCGCUUCUUUAAAAUGCUCGUCGAUAUCGGCUACAAGGAGAUCGAAGUGUCAUUCCCAUCUGCCUCACAAACAGACUUCGACUUCACCCGGCGUCUGGUGGAGACUCCUGGCGUCGUUCCGGAUGAUGUAUGGCUCCAGGUCCUGUCCCCUUGCCGUGAGGACCUCAUCCGCCGCACGGUGGAUUCUCUGAAGGGUGCAAAGAAGGCUAUCCUGCAUAUCUACCUAGCCACAAGCCCGUGCUUCCGUCGAAUUGUCUUCAACAUGGACAAGCAGAAGAGUUUGGAAAUGGCUGUCCGUUGCACCAAGUUCGCGCGUUCGAUCACCAAGGACGACCCCUCGACCGCCGGUACCGAGUGGCACUUCGAGUUCUCCCCCGAAACCUUUUCUGACACGGAGCCUGAGUUCGCUGCUCAGGUUUGCGAGGCCGUCAAGGAGGCUUGGAGUCCUACUGAGGAGGCUCCCAUUAUCUUUAACCUGCCCGCGACAGUAGAAAUGUCGACCCCCAACGUUUUUGCGGACCAGAUUGAGUACUUCUGCCGUCAUGUGUCGGAGCGAGAGAAGUAUAUCGUCUCCAUUCACCCGCAUAACGACCGUGGCUGUGCCAUUGCGGCCGCUGAGCUGGCUCAGAUGGCCGGCGCGCAGCGUGUGGAAGGCACUCUGUUUGGAAAUGGUGAAAGAACGGGUAACGUUGACCUGGUUACUUUGGCUCUCAACCUCUACACACAGGGUAUCACCCCAAAUGUUGACUUCUCCGAUAUCAACGCUGUCAUCAAGGUUGUUGAAGAAAGCAAUAAGAUCCCUGUCAAUGAACGGUGGCCCUACGGCGGCCAGCUGGUCGUUUGCGCUUUCAGUGGCAGUCACCAAGAUGCUAUCAAGAAAGGCUUCAAGCUUCGUGAUGAUGCUACAGCCGCGUCAGAUGAGGAAGUUCAAUGGGAAGUUCCUUACCUCCCCUUGGAUCCUCAAGAUAUCGGCAGAACUUACGAAGCUGUUAUUCGUGUCAACUCCCAGAGUGGCAAAGGUGGUGCUGCUUGGGUUAUCUUGCGCAGCUUGGAGCUGGAUCUCCCACGCGCCUUGCAGGUCGAGUUCAGCAAGAUCGUCCAAAAGAAGUCGGAGGAGGUCAGCCGGGAGCUGCGGGCAAGCGAGAUUGUCGGUCUUUUCGAGGAGGCAUACCACCUCAAGUCCAACCCCCGCUUCAACCUAGUCGACUACAACAUCACCACGGACCGCUCGACAUCCCCAGCACCCCCCGAGCCUGGCAAGGCGCUGAACACCAAGAACCUCAAGCGGCGCUUCACUGGUGUCAUCGAGAUCGAUGGUGUUCAACACGCUAUUACUGGUGUUGGUCCCGGUGCUAUCUCCUCUUUGGCUGGCGCCUUGUCUACCCUCGGCAUCGAUCUCGACGUUGUCGACUACAAGGAACACUCCAUUGGUUUGGGUAGGGAGGUGAAGGCCGCAACGUACAUCCAGUGCACUGCGGCCGGUAGCAAGGAGCAGGUCUGGGGUGUUGGUAUCCACCAGGACGUUGUCCAGGCCAGUUUGAUCGCGUUGCUCAGUGCUGCUAGUUCGUUCCUGGCUAGCCGUGCUGGCUCUCCUGCUCCCUUCCGGCCCAUCCGCUCCAACACCCUCACUGACGAGGACCUGCAAGCCCUAGAGACCCUCACCGGCUCAAGUGAUCUUGCCACCAACCUUGCUAAGGCUGCCAACGGCAGUGCCAAGCCCCAGGUCGAUAUUGAUGCCCUGACGAGACAAGCUGAGAGCCAAUAAAUCUUAAGCUUUCUUUCUUACUACCCUUUUCGAAUUUUUCUC